AUGACAACCCUGGCUUCCCGCCUCUCCCAAAGAUCAAACGCUCGACGUGCUGAGAGUCCCGCCAGGUCGGAUGAGGACUUUACAAAAUACAAGGCUUUAGAUGUCAGCUCUGACUCCGAUGGAGAACCCAAAGGAGACAGAACCAGACGCACCAGAAAACCUGCGAAAAAAGCUGUUGCACCCCUGGCUGCUGCGACUGCUCCUGAAAUUCCAAAGACUCACCCUGUUGCUGAUCUCACUCCGCAACAGAAUAUGGACACAGACCCGCCCCAGUGCAGACACCUCCAACCAAUCAGAACGCUCCGAUCAACAGUGCGAGAAAAACUGCCGCCGAUUAUAAUCAAAGACAGCAGAUUCACAUGGAAUGACUUAAAAACGCUGUUUAAUAAUAAGAAUUUUUCUCUGCACGAUUUCUAUGGAGAAAACAUGAAGGACGGAAUCAAGAUUAAAGUGAAAUUGCCCACCAUUUAUCGGGAAAUGGUAAAAGUGUUAGAAGAAGAAGGCAUCAGGUAUCACUGCUAUGCGCUUCCCGAAUCUAAACAUAUAAAAGCUGUGAUACGUAACCUCCCGUCUUACAUGGACCCUGAGGAAAUUAUGAUGGAUCUAAAAGAACAUGGACUCGACGUCGUGCGGGUCAACCAACUCACUAUCAGGCGUAACGGAGAAGUUAUUAAGCUUCCCCUGUUUCUCGUUACUCUCACCCGCAAGGAGAAAAACAAGGAGAUACACCAGUUAAAAUUUGUGCUGGGAAUGAAGAUUAGUGUUGAGAGAUACCGUGGCCGUAAGGGACCCUUGCAGUGUUAUCGCUGUCAAGGGUUCCAUCACGCCCAAUCGCACUGCAAUCACGAACCACGUUGUGUUCGUUGCGGUGAACCUCAUGAAUCAUUUAACUGUGACAAGGAUAAGGCAACUCCGCCUAAAUGUGCCAAUUGUCAUGAGAUAGGUCAUACAGCUAACUACAGAUUAUGUGUGCGUUUUCCAAAACCAAAAACCACUCCGGCUGUGAAAACGUUCUCUGAUCGGGUAGUGCAUAAUAAAACUUAUGCACAAGCUUUAAACACCGGCCUCGCUCCUGAAUUUCUAACUGAAGCAAAACAAGUUGCAGCUGAGCUACGUAUGCUUGUCUCUGCUCUAAAAAAGAAACUGGAUUUACUCUGA